AUGUCUGCUAGAACUCAAUAUAAUGAAGAUAUAUAGAAACAAUUAAUUGAAGUAGUAGAAACAUAUGGAGGAAAAAAUUGUAAAAGUUGGACUUAAGUUGCCCGUAUUUUUGAAUUAACAACUGGAAUUAAAGUCUAAAACACAUUUGAUUUAAAAAAGAAGUUAUUGAAAAUUGUUAUCAUAGAUGGGAAAUGUUUACUAAUUAUAAAGAAGAAUUAUCCCAAGAUGAACUAAAAGCCUUAUACUCAACUGGAGUUAGAUGUCGAGGGCGUCAUAAAGCAGGAAAUGAAGAAUUCUUUAAAUUGACUGGAAAAAAGUAAAUAUCAGUAAAUAUAUUUAGAUUGUAUGUCAAUCAAUAUAGCAAAAUGGUGGGUAAUUUCUUAUUAUAAGCCAUUAAGUUAUUGUGUUAGUCAUUUUUCAAUUAAAUAAAAGUUAAAUACAGAUAAUUAGGAUAAGAAAGAUUUCAUAGUAGAAUAAGUUAUGUCUCUAUACAUAUUCUAUUAAGAGCUGUAGAAAUUAAUAAACAUCUUGAUGAUUUUUUUGUUUAAGAAUUGAAACAAUCAGCUGAAAAAUUUGAAUAAUUAUUAUUAAUAUAGGCUGAACAUCAUGAAGAUGAAAGAAUAGAUAGAUUUUAACAUUAUAGAAGAAUAAUAAAUAGAAGAGAAUUUAAAAAGAUUGCUUUUUUUCUUGAUUAUGUGAAUGAAUUAAAAUAAAUUAGCAUUAAUUUAUAUUAAGAAUAGAUAGGAAGACAUCCAUUAUUAUAUCCUUAAAUUGAAGAAAAUAAAUCAUCAAAGAUAUAUUAAUUAUUAAUUUGGGAAAAUGAUUGGUAAUCAAAAUACAACUUAUUUUAAGAAUGUGCAGCUAAAUCUGAUUGGGAAGAAUAUUCAAUGUUAAUUAAGAAAACAAAAAAAAAUGAAGAUAACAAAUAAAUUAAAAAAANUUUUUUUUUAAUUGUAUAUAUUUCUGUUGAUAAAUCCUUUUGUUAUUUCACAUGUUUUUAUUUUUCAAGAAAACUCUCUUGA